CGUUGCGGCCCCUUGAAGCGCGUUCUCAACCGCAGGGGGCAGUGGGAUUGAUAGGGAUGUUUCCAUCAUGGCGGCAUCCAUUUCAGGUUAUACUUUUAGUUCUGUGUGUUACCACAGCGCUAACAGCAACUCGGAUCAUGAGGGCUUCCUAUUAGGCGAAGUAAGGCAAGAGGAGACCAUCAGCAUCAGUGACACGCAGAUAAGCAGCGUGGAGCUCAUCCAAGUCGUAGAAAUCCAUAACCAUGACCCCUGCGCACGGUUGUUUAGCUUUUACGACUACGCCGGCAAAGUCAACGAAGAACACUUGAACAGCAUUCUCAAAGAUAGACGAAAACACGUGAUUGGCUGGUACCGGUUUCGGCGGAACACGCAGCAGCAGAUGUCCUUCAGGGAACAGGUCGUCCACAAGCAGCUGACGCAGCUGCUCGGCGUGCCCGACCUCGUCUUCCUCCUGUUUAGCUUCAUCUCCACGGCCAACAGCUCCACGCACGCCCUGGAGUACGUCCUCUUCCGACCCAACCGCAGGUACAACCAGAGGAUCACCCUCACCAUCCCCAACCUCGGCAACACCAGCCAGCAGGAGUACAAAGUCUCUUCUGUGCCCAACACCUCGCUCAACUACGCCAAGGUCAUCAAAGAACACGGGGCCGAAUUCUUCGACAAAGACGGCGUAAUGAAAGAUAUCCGAACCAUAUUUCAAGUAUACAGUGCACUGCAAGAUAAAGUGCAGGCGGUGUGUGGGGAGGUUGAACAAAGCGAACGCGUGAAGGAGAAAAUCCAAGAUGAUGUGAACAAGCUGAAAGAACAAAUUUCACUCAGGAAACGCAAGACAGCGGAGGAGGAGAAGCGGCUCCGUGAAGGCCCGAAUCCAGACUCCGCGGCAGACAAUAACAAGGAACCUUCCGGCAUGGGCCUCCUCUCCAGGAUAUCUUUCCACGCACCCUCUGCGCCCGAGCGGCCCAACAUCUCACCCAACCCUCCCUCUUACGCCGACCUCCUGUCCCAAGGUGACUCUCUCCUCUCGUCCUCUUCUCCUCCCCCCACCAGUGCCGCUCUACUUCCCCGCCCUCAAGCCGUGGGAUCGCCAGGACACCCCAUGCCGGGACCGCCGACCGUGGGCUUGGGCACCGCCUCUUCCAAUCCCGUCGGCGCACCCAACUCGCCGUACCUCGGCAACGGCGACGGCUCUAGCUCGGACUCGUUAGACAGGCAAGCCGCGGGGCAGGAGUUUGACGAUGAGGACGAAGACGAGGACAGUAGCGAGUACGAAAACCUGGUGAGCGAAGCCCCUCGCCUGCCCGUGACCCCCGCCAGCCUUUUAGCUCGAAGUCAACCGUCCGGCCUCGGCCCCGACGGGGACACCCGUGGCUCGCAAACCACAUAGAAACACGGCGCCGGGUGUGCGCGGGACACUGACGCACCUUCUCAAGCAAUCAAAAAAAAAGUGCCAGUCCUGAAAGUGAACGGCAUGCGCAGCUGGCAUCCCGCUAUAAUGUAUUUUUUUUUUUAAUUGUCUUAUCUCCAUUUUAAGGGGAAACCUCGUCAGCUCACUGGAAGGGGGGUCUUUAUGUUCUCUGUGUUUGUUUAUUGAACGGGCGAUGUCUGGGUACUUCGUUUUGGAUGUGUCUGGUGUUUAGGGUUAUUCACCUAAUGAGGAUAUAACCUCUGCCAACCAGCAUGUUCCAAAAAAAAAAAAAAAAAGGGCAGGUCCUGCUUCCUUUUUCUUUUUUCUCCACAUUUCACUAACUGGCACCCUCUCUUGCAUCAAUUUUGCACUAUUUAUUGCCUUCUUUUUAACAACCUCUCAAAGAAAAAAAAAAGGGAGAUGAUUAAUCAGCCUUCAUACAUUUUUUUUAAGACUAGAAUUGCUUUUACAUGCACAAUCGUAAGACUUGUACUGUCAUGUUAGUAAUCCAGUACUAAAAUAAUCAUAUAGCAACUAAAUAAUAGAUCAGCCACAUAUGGGUGCUUUAAAUAGAAAUCUAUUUUCUUUUGGUGAGAGAUUGAUUAGACACGAAUGUCAAAAAAAAAAAAAACUGAAAUUGUAUCGCGCUUCGCUGCACUUAACUCGAGAAAAAUGUAUGAUUUUCUUUGUGCUAUACCAAUGAGGUCCUGUCUUGCCACAUGUAUAGUUCUGUCUGACCACUCUGUUCGGCUUUUGUACUUUGUACAAGGCUUCACAGAGGACAUACACAAUGUACUGUAGCUUUACUAACUGGAUGCUUCAGAGGUUCCCUUCUACUGCUGCAACAUAGAGAGCUCCCACUAAACUUCAUUUAAAAAAAACAUCAACAACCUGGCUUCUAUCUUCACUUUACUCUGCUCCUCGUUACGCUUAAUGACCAUGGAGUUACAGUGACGAAAAUAAGUAUUUGAACACCCUGCUAAAAUUGCAAGUUCUCCCACUUAGAAAU